UAUCUUUUGUUUUUGGGACCUGCAGGUCGGCAGCCUGUGCUCAGAGUCAACGCUCUCCACACGGAAAGUAAUGCCUCUCUUCCAUUUGCACAAAAUGAGUUUGCCGUGGCUAGGCGGACGAGGAGCCCACACUCAGGCAGAGGCCAGCCUACUGCUCUGAUGCCGGAGGGGAGGCAGAAAGUGGCACACGUGGAUGCCCCCCUGGGCCUGCCCGCCCGUCUCUGGCUGCAAUUAGCCGGGCUCUUCCUACUGGUUCCCUGGGUCAUGGGCCUGGCAGGGACAGGUGGGCCUGACGCCCAGGGCCCAGGGGGGCUAAGCUGGGCUGUGCAUCUAGACAGCCCAGAAGGCAAGGGGGAGGAAGAGACUCUGGAACAGCGGGCCGAUGCCUUGGCCCAGGCAGCAGGGCUGGUGAAUGCCGGCCGCAUCGGAGAGCUCCGGGGGCACUACCUCUUUGUCCAACCAGCUGGGCACGGGCGGGCCCUGGAGGUGGACGCCCUCCGGCAGCAGGCGGAGGAGGUGUUAGCCAGACAUGAAGCUGUGCGCUGGCACUCGGAGCAGAGGCUGCUGAAGCGGGCCAAGCGCAGCGUCCACUUCAAUGACCCCAAGUACCCGCAGCAGUGGCACCUGAAUAACCGGCGGAACCCCGGUAGGGACAUCAAUGUGACCGGCGUGUGGGAGCGCAACGUGACGGGCCGAGGGGUGACAGUGGUGGUAGUGGACGACGGAGUGGAACACACCAUCCAGGACAUCGCCCCCAACUAUAGCCCUGAAGGUAGCUAUGACCUCAACUCUAACGACCCUGACCCCAUGCCCCACCCGGACGUGGAGAACGGCAACCACCACGGCACGCGGUGCGCAGGAGAGAUCGCCGCGGUGCCCAAUAACAGCUUCUGUGCAGUGGGCGUGGCCUACGGGAGCCGCAUAGCCGGUAUCCGGGUGCUGGACGGACCUCUCACCGACAGCAUGGAGGCUGUGGCGUUCAACAAGCACUACCAGAUCAAUGACAUCUACAGCUGCAGCUGGGGACCAGAUGACGAUGGGAAGACAGUGGAUGGCCCACAUCAGCUCGGAAAGGCUGCCUUGCAACACGGGGUGAUCGCUGGCCGCCAGGGCUUUGGGAGCAUCUUCGUGGUGGCCAGUGGCAAUGGUGGUCAGCACAACGACAAUUGCAACUACGAUGGCUACGCCAACUCCAUCUACACGGUCACCAUAGGUGCUGUGGACGAGGAGGGACGGAUGCCCUUCUACGCAGAGGAGUGUGCCUCCAUGCUGGCGGUCACCUUCAGCGGUGGGGACAAGAUGCUCCGGAGCAUCGUGACCACUGACUGGGACCUUCAGAAGGGCACCGGCUGCACCGAGGGCCACACAGGGACCUCGGCGGCAGCUCCCCUGGCAGCCGGCAUGAUCGCCUUAAUGCUGCAGGUGCGGCCCUGCCUCACGUGGCGGGACGUCCAGCACAUCAUCGUCUUCACGGCCGCCCAGUAUGAGGAUCGCCGUGCGGAUUGGGCCACCAACGAGGCAGGCUUCAGCCAUAGCCACCAGCACGGCUUCGGCCUGCUCAACGCCUGGAGACUCGUGAACGCGGCUAAGGUCUGGACUUCAGUCCCUUACCUAGCUUCCUACGUCAGUCCCGUGUUAAAAGAGAACAAGGCUAUUCCUCGGUCCCCCCACCUGCUGGAGGUCCUGUGGAAUGUCAGCAGGACGGACCUGGAGAUGUCGGGGCUGAAGACCCUGGAGCACGUGGCCGUGACAGUGUCCAUCACCCACCCACGACGCGGCAGCCUGGAGCUGAGACUGUUCUGCCCCAGUGGCAUGAUGUCCCUGAUCGGCGCCCCCCGCAGCAUGGACUCGGACCCUAACGGCUUCAACGACUGGACCUUCUCCACUGUGCGGUGCUGGGGGGAGAGAGCCAGAGGAAUCUACAGACUCGUCAUCAGGGACGUGGGAGAUGAGUCCUCCCAGUUUGGCGUCCUCCAGCAGUGGCGGCUGACCCUGUACGGCUCUGUGUGGGGCCCAGUAGACAUCAGGGACAGGCAGAGGCUGUUAGAAAGUGCCAUGAGUGGGGAAUACCUGCACGAUGGCUUCACGCUGCCUUGCCCACCUGGGCUGAAAAUCCCUGAGGAAGACGGUUACACCAUCACCCCUAACACCCUCAAGAGCUUGGUGCUGGUCGGCUGCUUCACCAUCUUCUGGACCAUCUACUACAUGCUGGAAGUGUAUCUGAGCCAGCGGAGCGUGGCUUCCAGUCCAGUUUGUAGGAACGGACCCUGCCACUGGCCCCGGCGGAACCGAAAAGCCAGGGAAGAAGGGACAGAGCUAGAAUCAGUGCCACUUUGCGACAGCAAGGAUCUAGAUGGCAUGGAGACUGGGAACGAGGGCCCUCCCACCACCUGUAGCCUCCUGGCCCCAGACCUGCUGCAUCAGGGGGACUGGGGCCAAGCGCAGGACAAGAGCGCCCUGGACGGCCCUCAUCAGCACCGGUCCGCAGACCUGCUGCAGGAGGAGGAGCAGAUUUGCUGACCUCAGGCCCUGACAGUGUGGGACAGCCUCUUCCUUCCCCAAAAUGGGGAGUUUGCAAAGCCGCUCCUGACUUCAGGGAGCUCUGGAAGAAAGUGGUCCUGAUGCCCACAUCUGGAGCCUGGGGCCUAACCAGCAUCCUCUGACUACACUCAGGGAGGGCAAGGGCCCUCCCCGGGAUCCGCAGUAGAGGGUUGGUGCCAGGGAACCGGCUGCUGAGGGCCGCAGGGCCCUCCUCCAGCUGCACAGAGCUCUGGGCGAGGAGGUCUUGGACAAGGGACUGGCUACCCCACUGGGGGGCCUCCGUCCUCGCUGUUCUUGGGCAAGCCAGUGGUCUAGGGUUGAGGGCCCCCACCCAUGUGCGGGUUGAGGAGGCACCUGCCAUGUCCGUGAGAGCAUCUCAUCGGGAACAUCACUGGGGUCACUUAGAGGCUUCGGGGUAGAGGCUGGGGAGAGGCCGAGCGGCCUGAAAGCAGCCGCUCCCAUCAUCCCUUCCACGGACUCCCAGUCAGAAGCCAACUCUGGAUGGAUCCCUGACUCCUCCAUCGCCCCUCGCCUUCCUGAAGGAUUGGUAUGAUGUUCUUGGUGGGCACAGCCAGGUGGCCAUAGCUCCCAAGGCCCGUGCUGCUUCAUCAGGGAGGUCUGCGGCAGGACUGCGGAGCAGGGUCAGAGUGCGCGUUUCAGGGGCCAGCUCAGGAGCCGCUGCCGCUCCAGCCCUGCGCCCACCCUGUCUUCCUCUGCACAGUGCUCAGGGAAAGGGCCUUCUCCAGGAGGCUCUGCCUUUUCCACCUGUUCUCAGCCCCUCCCAGCUCCUUGUCUUCUGAGCUAAGUUGGUUGAUUUGCAUAGUUUUUAAUGCUAAAGAUUUGGUUUUCUCUUUUCAAGGCAACAUUUUGUUGAAUCUUUUUUCCGCACAGCUUUUCCAAAAUAAAAACCUUUCAAACAG